UGCCCGGAAAGGAACUGCACUACUCCCCCCUUCUGCUCUCUGUCUCUUUUUUCUUCCUUUCCUUCUUUCUUUUUCACUCUAAACAUGCGGCAAAGUCAAGACCAGUCUGGGUGGACCGAAAUGAGCGACGAUACCAGACUGUCCAAGGAGUUCUCUUCUGUGCGAUUAUCCGGCGAUUCGCAGAUGACCUCUAUUGAUUUAGACAACAACAACCCUUCGACAUCACCGCCAUCUCCUCGCGCCGCCACUAUUACUACUACUACUUCUGUAACUGCAACCACCACCGCCACUGACGCCACUUUAACCGAUAAUUCGACAACGACUGCAGACAAACUACUCGAUGAUCUCUCUAGAAACGGAUCGUCAUUCCCACUGAAUAGAUCACAAUCAACUUCUAGUAAUACUUCAAGCGCUUCUUCACCACCACCUCCUCCACCAAAGACGUCGAUGUCGGCUUACACCAACAAUAACAGUAGCAACAACAUCGUUAUGAACAAUACCAACGGCAGCAGCAGCGGUCAUAAAAACAGUAGUAGCAGCAAAGACUGGGCUUCAGACUCUAGAAAAACGUAUCAAUACGACCAAUUCUUUGAAGAAGUAUCCUUGGAUCUGCCCCGAGAUUCUUCGCCACAGUUUGACCAGCAACAAUCCAAAUUAUUAAAAUUCAUGCCUCGGCGAUCGCCACCACAACAGAUGUCAAUUACUACUGCGGAUGUCUCUGGACCGUUCUAUUCUAUAUCUGAUGUUUUGAACGAUAGUCCAUCGACUACAGCAACGGCCGCUACGGCCGCGGCAGCUGCAGCGGCAGCCGCUGCUGCUGCUGCUUCCGGAAGAGAGCCUGAUAGUAAUGGACAUGUACAGAAUCAACAGUCCUCAUUUCAAAGAGGUGCACGGCGAAAUGUUUGUGAGGGGGAGUUCGUCGCAACUUCGGGUGGAUCGUCUUUAAAAGCGAUCAAACGGAGGUCAAGCCUCAAUCCAUUCACACGAAAACACACGCAAAAGCCUUCGCCAUUGGAUGCAGUUAUAUCCAAGACAAGACCAAGAAUGCUUCCACCAAAAGACCCACAUGAAGAAAAGAAACACUUACAGCAACAUCAAGCAAUAAUGAAAAAAGCGCGGCAGUUGGAGGCGAGAAAGGAACGAGAAUCUCACAAGCGAAGAGAAGAAAAGGACAAGAAAAUGUCACAAGCAUUACAGAUCUGGGAAGAUGAGAUAUUGACGAACUGGAAGAUAAGGGUUAAAGAUAGAAGGACACAUGAAUUGUGGCUGCAAGGGGUUCCGCCAAGGUGCCGAAAACGGGUUUGGAUGCUUGCUAUUGGAAAUGACAUGAAACUUAGCAAAGAAUCUUUCAAAAACGGUGCACAAAAUCAUGCAAACGGCAAUAUUAACAACUCUGCGGGAUCAGUAUCAGCAGCAGCUGCGGAUGAACAACAACAACAGCAGCAGCAUCGAGACAAGCGACUGCACGAGCCAGAAUGGAUACGACAGAGUAUUGAAGAAAAUGAUGAAUUAUACAAUCUUCGACGCGUGCGCCGAACGAGUAGUCUUAAUGUACUCCAAGAAGACCCAUCCGAACGAACACAUUAUAACGAAAGCAUCGAAGAAUUGCGGCAGCAACAACAACCGCCUAUUGUACGGGAAGAAGGCGAGUUCGAAGAAAUCGAGCACGUUAACGACUAUGACGAUGAUGACCUGGAAGAAGUAUCAUCAAACGGUCUUCGGAGUAGAAAGGGAAUGGACCUACAAGAAAUGUAUGCAAACCAAAAGCAGGAGCAGCAGUCAUCAGAAGGAGAGCAGAUUGGCAGCGGAGUUGAAGACGACGACGAUGAUGAUAAUAUUCGCUUUGGUGACGAUAUUGGCUCUGGUGAUGAGGAUGAAGGAAGCGGCAGCGACCUCGAUAAGAUACCCAUAGAUGAUUCCGAUUCGCCUUAUUUGAAAAAGACUAUUGAAGAAGAUAUAUUGAGGACGCUACCAAGUCUUUGUGUAUUUCAGCCCGAUGGACCCUUAUUUACAUCAUUGAAAAAAGUACUUCAAGGUUAUGCUCAUCUCCGAGGAGAUGAUGGAUAUUCUCGAGGAACGUCAUUUUUGGCGGGAAUGCUCUUAUUAAACAUGAGCACAGAUGAAGCGCUAGUUACCUUACCCAAUUUAAUUCGCAAGUCGGGUGUACUUUCUGCACUUUACGACGCUGACGAGCAACGCGUGCGUGGUUAUUUUAAAAUUUUUAACAUUGGAUUUGCCGAAAACCUGCCCAAGCUGUACCUGCAUUUCAAGAACUUGUCGCUGACGCCUGACCACUACCUACCUGACUGGUUCAUGACCAUAUUUUCAUCCAUUAUUCCGCUCGAACUUUCAUCGUGGCUAUGGGACAUCUUCUUACUUGAAGGCGACAUCAUCUUGUUUAAGACCGGAUUAGCAGUGCUCAAGUAUCUAGAACCUCUCUUAUGGGGCGGCAAUUUUGGUGAAACGGCCAGAAUACUUAACAGGGGCUUUAUUGGCGAAGAGCGUGGAGAGGAAGUCAAGGCGGCACUGGCAGUCAGCGGUCAUAUAACUGGGGGUGAUGAAGACCAGUUCUUUAACGAAGUACUAGGAAGAAAUGGGAUACAGUUUGAUCGGUUGAAGUUUAGGGAGCUACUUGCAGUCCAUGUUCUUACACAAUAAUAAUGGAACUCUAUUUGUUUGUAUGAAUACCUUUAUAUUUCUUACUAUGCUGUUUAUUUUUCACUUAUACUACUCUUAUUGUUGUUGUUUUUUGUGUCUCAACAUAAUACCAAUUUUUUUUCUGCACCAUCUA